GUCAGCUGUUCAGCCCUAUGUGAGAUCGAUGUUGUUGUUUGAGCUUGUUCUUAUAAAAACAUCGAGAUAGAAACGAGAUGAGAAAUGUUAGAUAGGUCUACUACACUAUUCAAAUAUUAUGUCACACCGUCAAAAGACAUUUACUGUAGAAGUAGCCAGCCCAUGACAUUCGUAUCGGAAUGAACUAGUGAAACGUGGGGGAUGGGAACUGAGAGGCUGGAGGAAGCAGUCACAGCAGAGAGGAAGAGACGAAGAGAGAGGGAUAACUGGGCACAAACUCUGUCUUCUCCAGCAGCAACUCUGAAACAUCACUGGACACAUCUAUACUCAUAGCUGUACACUGAAACACACACCACCUCCCCCAGCUCCUGUGGGAUGAUGUGAAGAGAUGAUAGCAGAACCUACAGUCACCUCCAGGUCCUCAGUACAGAAUGAGAACUUGGCUGUGGAUGCAAACUUCUCUGGAGCUGUCAAUCACACAGUGGGCGGAGCCGGGAAUGAGAACAGUCAGAAGAGUUUGAGAGGGAAGAGGAGGGCACGGGGCGGCUCUGAGAAUGCCAAGCGCAGACACACCAAGGUAACCAAUGGCAGUCUGGGUCGGGCACAGACCAGACACCUCAAACAUGGGGACAUUGAGGCCGUCACAUUGUUCGAGGUGGUCACCAUGGGCAGGAGUGCCAUGCAGGCUGUAGUUGAUGAUUGGAUUGAGGCGUACAUCACAGACAGAGACUCUGGCCUCCUGGACCUCAUUAGCUUCUUCAUCCAGUGUUCUGGUUGCAAAGGUUUGGUGACAGCUGAGAUGUUCCAAAGCAGGCAGGAUGAUGUCAUGAGGAAGAUGGUGGAGGAAUUGGAUGAGGGUUCGGGGCUGCAGUAUAAGAAAUUCCUGGCCUUCCCCUGGAUCCUUACAGUGACGUGGCCCAUGGACAUGGACAGUGGGGAAUAUCCUCUCACCAUGUCUGGUCCGUACUGGCGCCGGUUCCGUGGUGAGUUCUGUGAGUUUGUGUCGGUGUUGGUAACCCAGUGUCAAUACAAUGUGAUCUUUGACAGCUACCUCAUGGACACACUCAUCUCUCUGCUCACCGAGCUGUCCGACUCCCGUGUACGAGCCUUCAGACACACCUGCACAUUGGCAGCAAUGAAGUUGCUAAGCUCUCUGAUUGGAGUAGCCCUUAGUCUGAGUGUGAGUAUAGAGAACAGCCAGAGACUGGGCGAGGUGGAGAGAACCAAGACAUCAGGAAGACGCAACUCACCAAGACUGGAGAGAAUACACAGGAAGACCACAGAGCUGCAGGAUAGAAGGGUGGAGAUAGAGAACAUGAUGGAUGCCAUAUUCAAAGGAGUCUUCCUGAAGAGAUACCGGGAUGUGCUCCCAGAGAUCCGGUCCAUGUGUAUGGAAGAGCUGGCUGUAUGGAUGAAACUUUACAGUCCAGUGUUUCUGACUGAUAGCUACCUCAAAUACAUGGGCUGGAUGAUGCAUGACAAGCUACCUGACGUGCGUCUGAAGUGUGUGUUGGGGCUACAGGGUCUGUAUGGAGACCCGCUCCUCCUGCCCAAACUAGACCUCUUCAACAGCCGCUUCAAGGACAGGAUGAUCUCUAUGACUCUGGACAAGGACCACGAGGUGGCAGUACAGACCCUGAGACUACUCACACUCAUCUCCCAGUCAGCUGAUGAGGUUAUUAAUCCAGAGGACUAUAAGCAGCUGUUCCAGUUGGUAUACUCCUCACAUCGCCCUCUGGCUACCACCGCAGGAGAGCUGCUCUACACACGGCUGCUCAGCUCCCCUACUCAGACAUCUGACCUCAGAGAGGGGGCGAAUGAGCAGGACACACACACACAGCUGACGACAGCCAGAGUGAGGGCUCUGCUGCACUUCUACCAGGACAGUGAGCUCCAUCAGCAUGUAGUAUACCUGGUGGACAGUCUGUGGGACUGUGCUGGUGCCAUGCUGAAGGACUGGUCAUCUCUUACCUCGUUACUUCUACAGGACCCCUCCACUCAGGAUGCAGAUCUGAGUGCUGAAGAGCAGUCUCUGGUUGUAGAGUUAUUGGUGGCAUCAGUGCGUCAGGCAGUAGAGGGACCCCUGCUGGCGGGAAGGAGCACAUGCAAGAAGGUGGUAAGUGCCAGAGAAAAAAAGUCUCAGGUAGAUGAUUGUGGCAGACUCACUGAACACUUCCUCAAUGUACUACCACAGUUGCUGAUUAAGUAUUCAGGAAGCCCAGAAACUGUGGCAUCUCUUUUGAAGAUACCUCAGUUUUUACACCCAGACUCACCUAAUGCGGAAUUCCCACAGGCGUUGUCAGGCCUGCUGGCUGAGAUGGGAGCUGUUUUGGAGCUCCACACUGACCCUGCGGUGCUGGAGGCGGCUGCUCGCUCAUACCUCAGCCUGUGUGGAGAGGAAUCAGCCUGGCACCCCCUGGCACGACCUGUCAGAGACGCAGUGGUCCAAUGCUGGGCAGACAGACUGGCAGCACUGCUGGGUGACACACUGCAGAAUGGCAACUUCACUGCUGAUGAGGAAAAGACAGGAGAGAUUCUAUCCACACUGAAGAAACUCACUGCUUUCCACAAUGCCCAGGACCUGUCUCGUUGGGGACUGUAUGAGCAGGUCUUUCCUCUUCUCUCAGUGGAGAUCAUUCAUGGUGGAUUACCUACACAGCUGACAGUGGAAGCCCUGCAGUGUGUAUCUUACUCUGUCCUCUGGAACCUCAACACCAGCAGAGAAACCCUGACCUCACGGGAAAAGGCUGUAGCCCAGAGGAGUCAGAUGAGAGCAUUGUGUGAGAAGUGUCUACGUUGUCUGUCCCACAACGAUCAGAGUGUGAAGGAGCAGGCAUUCCUGUCUCUGUGUGAUGUCCUGACGGCCCACAACUACCAGUUGCAAGUGUGGGAUCCCUCGUCUUACGGUCCCCUGCUCUACACUCCCGACCCGAAACUUCAGAGGGCGCUGCUCGCCUUCAUUCUGGAGCACGUCUUCACUGGAGCAGAGUACGACAGCCACAGCAGGGGUAGUGAUGUGGAGUCUGGUGAGGGGAGGUUGGAGGCGCUCCACAGACGUAGGAGCUUAUUGGCAGGCUACUGUAAACUCAUAGUACACGGGGUGCUGGAGAUGAGUAUGGCUGCUGAUCUCUUCAAGUAUUACAUGAAGUAUUAUAACAACUUUGGUGACAUCAUUAAGGAGACUCUGAGCAGAACGCGGCAGAUGGAUAAGAUAGAGAGUGCUCGCACGUUGGUGCUCUGUCUGCAACAGUUGUUCCUGCGUCUGAAGCAGGAGCAGGACAGUGGAGUCACCUGUAGCUCAGGUGUCCAAACAUUCAGCAGCAUCAAGGAGCUGGCCAGACGCUUCUCUCUCACCUUCGGCUGGGACCAGACAAAGUCCAGAGAGUCCCUCGCUCUGAUCCAUAGGGACGGUAUAGAGUUUGUUUUUCAGGGGUUUGUCCAGAGAGCAGAGAAGCCCUCUCCUCCGUACCUCUCCUACCUCACCAUCCUCAGUGAGUUCUCCAGCAAGCUCCUCAGACCAGACAAAAAGAUUGUUUACACCUACCUACAGAGGUACGUAAGUGAACAGACCAUCAGUAACAGAGAGGAGUGUUGGCUGCCACUCAUCUACUACCGAGCCUCCUUAUUGGCUACUGGGGCUGAGGGGGAAGAUGCUGUGUCCUUCAUCAGCUCUGAUACGCUAAAGCAACCGUCUCUAGCCAAUCGCUCACGCUCUCCCUCUGUCAGACACAGCCCUACUGCUGAUGGAGACAUGAGGUCCCCGUCUGCUCUUACCUCUACUGAGACCAAAGUAAGGAGGCCCCAUAAGGCCAGCAGCAGUACAAGCCCAGAGGACAGGAAGCCAGAGGUUGAGCUUGGUCCCAUCGUCAGAGAACCCCCGCCGACCAUAGUGAUUUCAGAGGAGCCGUUCCACGCUAACGAGGAAUUGGAUGUGGACACCGUGGAGGUUGACCUGUGAACUAGAAGAUGGAUUAAACCAAAUUUGUCACAUGCUUUGUAAACAAAAGGUGUAUACUAACAGUGAAAUGCUUACUUACGGGCCCUUCCCAACAAUGAGGAGAGAAAGAAAAUAGUGAAGUAAUAAUAAAUACACCAAUGAGUAACGAUAACUUGGGGUACCAGUACCGAGUCGAUGGACGAGGUAACUAUUUAAACAUAACUAGGAACUACACAGGUGGCUAGGGGUCGUGUCUGGACAGGGAUGGAAUAGAGGGCUGGACAUCUGAAGGGAGUAGAUAAAAACCCUUAUACGCAUCUUAGUUAUCAAAAGGGACAACAGUCUUGCUUCCUCUCCUUCAUGGCACUGAUUUGAAAGAGGAAGAAAAUAGGAUGGGUGAAAGUAAUAUGGUGUAUGCUUUCCCCCAUCCAGAUGUAGGAAAGGAGAUGAGACAUGCAAGCCGCUUUAGUCUAUUGAGACAUGGUUGGAGUAUUUUUCUGUAACCUUAUUUAAACCAACUGUCAAAAUAGAACUGGCUCUUUGACAAAGUUUUUUUUUUUUUUAACAGCUUCCAGCCCAUGUAGACAUAAUUUGACAGUCUUCCUUAGAGAAGAUGCUGUACCAAUGGUAGGUUAAGACUAAUUACAUUGGGUAAUUGUCCGGGAAUCAAGUAUGUGGUGCAUUAUGGAUAUAAGCUCUUUUUAAUUUGUAUUGAAACCAAUGCAUCUGCUGGUGCUGUUAUAUUUGACCCAUAAAUUGGUCUUCGCUCUUGGGAAAAGUCCCUCUAGAUACUAAAGAAUGAUAAAAAUAGUACUCAAGCUUGAUAGAAUGAGUACAAAGCAUGACUCGAUUGUUUAUAUCAACAGCUUUUAGGGAAAGCUAAUGGGCUCGUUUUUACACUAAAAGCAUAUUCAUGAAAAUGCCAACUUAAAUCGUAGCAAAUGCUAUUUUGGUGCCAGUGUUUUGAUUAUAAAAUAAGCAUAUUGUGUGUGUGUGUAUGGGGUUAGGGUCAUAUAGACAAUGAUUAUCAAUGAGUCAGGUUGCUGUACCAGUAUUGUACAAGAUUGAACUGUAGAUGUGCCCUAGCUAGUAGGUGAUUGUGUUAUGGCUCAGAUAAUGUAGGUGAGAUCUAAAUAGGAUUGUUAUUGAAACACACCACUGUUCAUUUGUUGUUCUAAUGGUAGAUUUUUACACAACAAUGUGGUCUGGAAGGGUGUGUGGUCAUAGUAACUGAUCAGACCUGUUUUAAUUGACUUGUGUCAUUGGAAAUAGUACCAUCAAUAAAUAUUACUCGCACAAAA